AGCCAAUCCGCGAGUGCGGAUCAUGGCCGACGAAGCGCCGCUGGAGCAGCGGUUCGCGGCCGCGAGCACCGAGUUCGCGCGGACGACCAUACGAACCAAGGAAGACGCGCAGAAGCUGCAUGGACGCGUCAACGACUGGCGAGAGGACGUCAACACGCUCGCAGGCCAGAUUGCCGCCCAGCUCAAUGUUUGCAAGUCGCUGCGGACGAGCAAGGCCAUGCACUCGAUCGCGGCAACGCCGACGCCGCUCGACGUAGUUCGCUUCAGCGACGUCGACCCGUUCCACUUGAUGCGGUCCGACAUCCGCAGCCUGUAUGAUUUUCGGCUCUCGACCUUGCGCUCGCAGAUUCUCGACGCCAGCAACACCACGAGCAUCGACUUGGAGCUCGACAAGGACGCGGCGCAGCUCAAGCUCAUCUUGGACGAGCCAUCAACGGUCGAGAAGGCCGGAGAUGCAGACACGGCAUUUCAGUCGAUGCUCAAGUUUACGCUGGCGAAAAGCGACUUGUGCUGCAAAAUUGCCGACGAUGUACUCCGGACGAAGCGCGCGACGGACCUCGAACGCGGUAUCGAGGACGAAGGGCUCACGAUUGAUGCACGUGCGUCCGUACUUCUCUCGCGCGAGACCAAGUUAUUCAUAUCCUUUUAUGCUGCGGAUUUGCACAUAUGA